AUGAUGCUAAUCAAGAAGAGAAGGGAAAUGGAAGCCCUAAAGCUCUGGACCAACCUCGGCUCCUCGCUGAUCGCCCUGAUGGCCGCCUGGACAAUGCUCGAAAAAUACCUCCCGGAGCAACUCCGCGGCAUCUUCACCCGACACACCCACAAGCUCCUCGCCUUCUUCAACCCCUACAUCAAGAUCCGCUUCCCGGAACUCUCCGGAACCAGCCGGUACCGCCGCAGCGAGGCCUACGUCAUGAUCCACGCCUACCUCACCGCCCACACCUCCCCGGCGGCGAAAUCCCUCAAGGCCUCCGACACCUCGAAAGACGGGCGCUCCCUCGUCCUCUCCAUGGACGAGGACGAGGAAGUUUCCCACGUGUUUCGCGGCGUUAAAGUGUGGUGGGCCUCGCGGAAGACGUCGCCGAAGGCCCAGUCGAUCAGCCUGUACCCGGAGGACGACGAGAAGAGGUUCUACGUGCUGACUUUUCACAAGAGGGAUAGGGAGUUGGUUGUUGGGGAGUAUAUGGGACACGUGUUGGGCGAAGGGAGGGCGAUCGUGGCGGGUAAUAGGCAGAGAAAGCUUUACUCGAAUAACCCGACCCGGAACUGGUGCGGGUGGAGCUCGGUGGCGUUUGAGCACCCGGCGAGCUUUGACACGCUGGCGAUGCCGGUGAAGGUGAAGGAAGGGAUUAAGAAGGAUUUGGUUAAGUUUAGUCAGGGGAAGAGCUAUUACGCUAAGAUUGGAAAGCCAUGGAAGCGAGGGUAUCUUCUUUAUGGACCUCCGGGAACCGGAAAGUCAACAAUGAUAGCGGCUAUAGCCAACUUCUUGAACUAUGACAUUUACAAUUUGGAGUUGACUACUGUAAAAGACAAUUCGGAGCUGAUAAAGCUACUCCUCGAGACUACGGGAAAGUCCAUCAUCGUGAUCGAGGACAUCGAUUGCUCGCUAGAUCUCACUGGACAAAGAAAGUCGAAAAAGAAGGAGAACAGUGAAGAUGAAUCCGACUCCGACGAUGAUUCAGGCGGAAAGAGCAAUAAUAUUGUUUCCAAAUCAUUGAAGGAGAAAGAGAAAGAGAACAAAAGCGAUAGCAGAGUCACGUUGUCGGGUCUUCUGAACUUCAUCGAUGGUAUAUGGUCGGCUUGUGGAGGGGAACGAAUCAUUGUGUUCACGACCAACUAUGUGGACAAGCUCGACCCUGCGUUGAUAAGGAGAGGAAGAAUGGACAUGCACAUUGAGAUGUCGUACUGUUGCUUCGAGGCAUUUAAGGUUUUAGCCAAGAACUACUUGGACAUAGAAGAGCAUAGUUUGUUUGGUAGAGUUAAGGAGUUGUUGGCAGAGAUUAAGAUGACUCCCGCCAAUGUUGCAGAGAAUUUACUACCAAAGUCGGUCGAGGAUAGCGAGGAGAAGUGUUUGAGGAACUUAGUCGAAGCACUUGAGAAGAUUAAGGAGGAGGAAGAUGGGAAGUUGAAGAUCGAGAAAAAGGAGAAACAAUGGCAAUGGAUUAAGAGUGUCCUUGGUUAG